GAGACAACAUCAAAAUAAGAGUAAGAGAGAGAAGAUAAUUGAGAGCUAAGAGACAGCUGGGAGAAAUCACAGGAAACAUCUGAGCUUGAGAUAGGAGACAGAAUACAAAACUUCAGGAAAGAAAGAUCUCUGAGAAUUAUAAAGAUAAUUGUGUCAGAUAUUAGGGACAGUAAAAUGAGAAUGAGAUAGGAAGAGGAGAGAAGUGAGAAAGUGAGUGAGUACUGAAAGUGGAGAGAGAGGUGAAUAGAGAGGCAACUGAGAAAUAUUGAGACAAUUUAAAAAGAGAGCAAAGCUGAAAGUGAUGUCAAAUGGAAACGAGCUGAGGCCCAAAGUGAAAACGAGUGAAAAUCACCGAAGAUCAAAAUAGGAACACUUGUUAAGAAAGGACAGGAAACAAAUUAUAGUUACAGAAAGACAAAAUACAACUAAAGCCUUGAGGCAGAUUAGGUACUUAAAUAAAACAGCCAGAAAUGACCAGAGGAUAAGAGAGAUAUGUAAUGAGAAGCUUUGAGAGCAGACAGUAGCUCGGACACUGGGAAAGAGGACAUUAGGAUCAAGGGGGAAGGACAAAGACAGCGUACUCUAGUGGAGCAGAGAGAAAAAGGAGCAGAGGACGAUCAAGUAUUUGAGUGGGAACAAACGAGGUGUAUAAAAGAGAAACAAGUCAAAAAGGCGGAGGAACUAGAAGAAAUGGACAGUCGAAUUGACAAUGAUGAUCGCAAAGGCUCUCUUACACUCCGCUCAACUCAAAAGACGUAUGACAGACCAGUCCUAGUCUGCAAUUGGUACCAGCACAGGGAGGCAGAACCCAAGGAUUAUGAUGUAGAUGCAAUUCCACGGGGAAAGGCGAAAAACCUGCACCGAUCAACAUAUAAACGUUUUUCAAACCUUAAUGAUGGGGAGUGGACGACCACAACAGAGUCAUUUAUGUCACAAAUUAAUUUAAAGGAUGACUAUCGUCUAAGGGAAAAAAAGCCAAUAUUGGAUAUGAAAGAUACAAUAAAGGAACUUUUGGAGAGAACAUCUGGUUGCCCCGAAGCAAGUCAUUAUAACGUUAUACCAAGGCACCUUCCAGACCACGUCAAAAUGUUACUGGAAACAACGUAUACUUACGACUUUACUCCGCCUUACCAUUACAUUCCGACUUCUGAAGAGGAGCCGGAGAAGAUAACUGAUUUCAGGAAGUACCAUUCACAGUUUGUGGGUAGGGAUGAUUAUCGUCACUGCGGCCGGAACACCUGGCUGGACGAGAGUGGCAUUUACCCCAACUCGGAACUCAAGAGGAUCCUCAACCCGCUGUCCAACCCAAUCCCUAACUGCUCAAAGUAACCCUGAAG